AGGAGGAUCGUUUAGUCCAUUCAUCACUCACCUCUCCCACCAAUAUAUACAUACACAUCCCCUGUAUCUAUACAUCUCUAUUUUCCAAAAAUAUAUUUCAAAAUAAUCCGAAAAAAAUGCAUGAUCCAGGUAUGGAAUUACUUCCCCCAUUCUCAUCACCAACAAUCUCAUCAAUCUCAUCUUCCGAUCUCGACACUGAAUCCACCGGAUCUUUCUUCCAUGACCGGAGCAUAUCUUUAGGCACACUUAUGGGCGUCGGAACUACUUUUCCGAUCAUCACCGGAACUCCGGCCACUCAGGCGACUCCGAUUCCGGUUAAUUAUACUCCAGGCGGAUUUUCCGGUUACCGGAGACGUCGCCGGAGUAAUACCGAUGCGGUGGUGGAGAGGCGGAGGAAGCGGUUACGACGACGGCGGUGGUGGUGGUUAUGUAGCGGUGAUGAUUUUUUGAAACCGUCGUCAUUAGGUGAGUUUUUGGAGGUUGAAAGACGGUUUGGUGAAGAAGCUGUGUUUGGAUGUGAAACGGUGUCGUUUGGUGAUAAUGCUGAUGUUAAUAGGAAUGGUAAUAAUAAUAAUAAUAAUAAUAAUAGCAAUGGUGAAGGAAUGUUGUUUGCUGAUGGUAGGGUUUUGCCUCCACCGCAAAAGGCGGAGGAAUGUGAUGGCGAAACGACAUCGGUUUGUUCGUUUUGUCCGUUUUCGGUUUCGCUUGCUGGAAUUUGUACUAGUGGUGGAUGAGAUUUUUUUUUUUUAUAAAUUGUUUUGGGGAAAACUGUAUGUAUAUGUAGGAAAUGAAAUGAUGAGAUAUUGUAGCUAACGGAAUUGAUAUCAUUGUUAUUGUCGUUAUUAUUGUAGCUCUCUGAUUCUAUUUAUAAAAAAAGUUAAUUGCCCUAAACAUUUGAUUUGAUAGCUAAUACUUAAAAGAUUAUGCAAUUCGAUCUGACUUGUUGUUUUGUAUUGAUUCUUACUUAAUAGAAUGACAUUUUUUAAAAUUUUCUAGUAGCUUAAGAUGGUUUUGAUUUAUGUGAAGAACAGAUGAAACAAGUUGGAGGUGGCUUAGCGGUCUAAACGGAUAAAUGGUUUUAGAAAUUUUUUGAAGUAUUUCCAAGAGGUUCAAGAACGGCUGAAAUGAAAGCAAUAUGCCCACUGCCCAGGGCUAUAGUCGAGGUUUGCUGAGCCUUUGGAGGCGAUGUGAGGGCCCAAACUCGAUGAUUGGCGCUGAAAGUUGUGUAUGGACCAAAGGAUCACGAUUGAUGCGAUGGUUGAAAUUUCUGCGAAGUGUGAAGUGAAGCUAUUACAUCAACUGAUUUAAUCAAGGAUAGUAGCUAAGAUGUAGUUUACUACUUAAAUGAUGUCAUAAUCAAAAAAAGCUAUGGCUGACAGCAAACGUCCUUAAUCACAGGGAUGCUCAUAUUGCUUGCUGAUGUUGUAUGCCUCUUGAUACCAAAAGCAAUUGGGUGAAGAUGUCGUGUGUCAACUGUCCUUGCUGAUCACACUCAAGUGAAUCGAGUUGAACGAGUCUAUAAUCUCUUUAGCAAUCUAAAGGCCUCAUAUCUGAAUUUAUUCAACUAAAAGGUUGUGGGUUCAAAUCGUGUAGUUAACAUAUUCAUAAAUUUAUUCAUGAGGUGUUGAUAUUGACUAUCUGAAUUAAGUCGUAUUUUUCUUUUUGAAAA